AUGCACCCAUUUGCGUCCUAUGUCCUGCGAAGUUAUUACAAAGCAACAGGAUGGAACGAAGACAAUUUGUUCACGAACCUGACUCGGUCGUCUGAUGCGAUCCUCGACUUUACCGUACCCAAGGGUCUCCAUCUGUCCAUCUCAAAAUCUCCAAAUGCACUGUUCAAGACGACUUAUUCGAUGAAUGCGAUGCCCUCGCUAAACGGCUCGGUUGGGUACAUCUUCACGUCCUGCGACCUCAAUGUCAAAGGUUCGGGUGACAUACGAUUCAAGGACAUGAUUGAGCGUUUCAGAGUGUAUGACCACCCACGGAGACCUGAAGGGAAGGAAGACGAGUGGUUAGCUGGUCAACGUGUGGAUACUCGCGACUACCUUCUGUACGGACGGUAUUACCUACCAACUGGACGCCUAGAUGCUCUCUAUUCUACAAGACUGACAUCGACGCUGCAAGCCAUCGUUGCUGCUAUUUCUACGCCGCCGUCGGCCACGACACGAGCUCAACGAAGUGCCGAUUCCAGCAAUGUCAUGCUAUACCUUCAGCAUGAUGUUGGGAAAUGGUGCUCGGAGUAUACCUGGAGCGCGGAAGACGGUAUGCUUGGUGUCAAAGUGCUUCAUAACUUUGGUCGUCUCGCCAGCGACAGCCCCGCGUCAGACGACGGCGACAAGGGCGCUAGCGUUGGGGUCAAGCGUAUCGAUGAGGAGGACGCAAUAGAAGGCGGGCUGAAAGGACGACUGUCUGCCGGUGCAGAAAUUUAUUUCAGUGCCAAAGAGAAGAGCGCCGGAGUCUCGACCGGAAUCAGAUUCUCUACCCUCCCAGAUGCAACGCCUCUUUCCUUCCAACUUCCAGCUUCAAUAUCCUCGCCCAUUCCAGGACCGUCUCCAAAAAACCUGCCAUCACCUCCCACUACAAUUACCGCAUUGUUCAAUCCCAUGCUUGGACAUCUCUCUGGUGCUUACUCCGCGCGCAUCUCCAGAGAUGUAGCCUUGUCAUCGCGCUUCGACUUCAAUGUCUACAGCUAUGAGAGCGAAUGGACAAUGGGUGCCGAAUGGUGGCUACGGCGGCCACCAUUGGAACCCAAUGACGAUGACGACAACGAUAAUUCCCUACCCAUUCUCCCUUCUGAGGCCAGGCCGAAUGUCGAGCCCGGCCAAGUUCAAGGCGUUGUGAAAGCUCGUGCGUCAACAAAUAAUGACGUCUCCAUCAUGUGGGAGGGACGGGUUCGCAAUAUGCUUGUCAGCUUGGGCGUCGUUUCAGACCUGUCAAAUCGAUCAAAACCCAUAAAAGCCAUCGGAUUGGAGUUGUCAUAUUUCGCGUCAGGAUAG